CUCUCUCUUUCCCUUCUUUUCUCUCUAAGACUCUCUGUCUUUCUAUCUCUCUCUAAACCCUUCUCUCUGUCUCUUUUUAUAUCAUCUCCAAUCCUGUCUCUAUUCAUCCGUUAGUCUGUUUUGUUGUUUAUUAUAAAUUACUUUGUCUUUAUAUUCAAAAUUAAUAAAUUAUAGAAAAUUUUGCUUCUUGUAUUAUCUUCUCCUAAAUCUUCUACUAAUUUUGAUCUCAUUUCUUUCUUUCUUUUUUGUUUUCAAUCUUGGUUUUUGUCUAUUAUAGUAGGCCUCUGUGUAUUCCAUCAAAACCCUGAAUCUUGUUUAUUUUCAUGGAUCAAUUAAUGCGAUUUUGUGGUUUUUACUUCAUAUAAGUGAAUGAAGAGAUAUGGGAUUAGAAUCUGUAGGUGGAUUGUUGUAGUUCUUUGAUGAUCAACCCCAAUUGGGUAAUCGAACCAGACUGUUCAAUUGCUGAUCAAUUGGAUUUUGUCUGCUAUUUGAUUUAUAGCAAUGGAAUGGAGCUGUUCAGAAUAAGUGUGUGAUUUGGGGGUUUUUGCCCUUUUUUUUUUUUCUUAUCUUUCAAUAUUGGGUCAAUGGAUGGAUUGGGCGGUAAUGAAGCAAAAGAAGUGGAAGCGUGGCAGCCGAGGCAGCUAGCAUUUGAGCUGUACACGCCCGGGAUUCAAUCUGCAAACAAGGCAGAAGCCUUGCGUGUUGUUGUAAGAAGACCUUUGGUAGCAAGGCUAACCAAAGAUAUAGUUGAGACUUAUCAAAUAUGCAAUCCACAGUUCACAUAUUCUGAAGAAUUAAAUCCAAAAAGAUAUUUGACCAGCCCAUCAAUCGGAGUCCUGAAUGAUGGCUAUGACAAUGUGCAUUCUGACCUUAUUCUGACUGUAAACUUUUCCCUGGUCAAUCUAGAGACACAGAGAAGAUACAUUGUCAAAGAUGUUCUUGGCCAUGGGACUUUUGGACAGGUUGCUAAAUGCUGGGUUUCAGAAACCAACAGUUUUGUUGCUGUAAAGAUAAUUAAAAAUCAACCAGCUUACUAUCAGCAAGCUCUGGUCGAAGUAUCUAUUUUGACAACGUUAAACAAGAAGUAUGACCCUGAAGAUAAGCAUCACAUUGUUCGUAUUUAUGAUUAUUUUGUAUUUCAGCGGCAUUUGUGCAUCUGCUUUGAACUACUUGACACUAAUCUGUAUGAGCUUAUCAAGAUAAAUCAAUUCAGGGGGUUAUCACUGAGCAUUGUACAAUUGUUCUCUAAGCAGAUUUUACGUGGAUUGGCUCUGUUAAAUGAUGCUGGGAUAAUCCAUUGUGAUUUAAAGCCAGAAAACAUUCUUCUGUGCACAAGUGUGAAGCCAGCGGAAAUUAAAAUAAUUGACUUUGGAUCAGCAUGCAUGGAGGAUCGUACCGUUUACUCCUACAUCCAGAGUCGUUACUACAGGUCUCCAGAAGUCCUUCUUGGCUAUCAAUAUACUACAGCAAUUGACAUGUGGUCCUUUGGGUGCAUAGUUGCGGAAUUGUUUCUAGGAUUGCCGCUCUUCCCUGGAGCUUCAGAAUUUGAUCUUUUGAGAAGAAUGAUUGAAAUACUUGGUGGACAACCCCCUGAUUAUCUACUAAAGGAAGCAAAAAAUACAAGUAAGUUCUUUAAGUGCAUUGGAAGUGUCCACAAUGUAGAGAAUUGUGAAGUUUCCUUUGGUGGAAAAAGUGCUUACCAAGUCUUAACAGUGGAAGAAUAUGAAUCUAGGGAGUUGAAAAAACCAUCUAUCGGGAAGGAGUAUUUCCAUCAUAUGAACCUUGAGGCAAUUGUUAGAAACUAUCCUUACAGAAAGAAUUUGCCACAGGAAGAUAGAAAAAAAGAAAGUCAGAUACGACUAGCUUUGAUUGAUUUCUUGAGAGGGCUUGUUGAGUUUGAUCCUGCAAAAAGGUGGUCCCCUUUUCAGGCCUCAAAACACCCUUUUGUAACAGGGGAGCCUUUCACCUGUCCUUACAAGCCUCCUCCAGAGACCCCUCGCAUGCCCGUUGCACAAAAUUUCAAGGUGGACCAUCAUCCAGGUGGUGGGCAUUGGUUUGCUGCUGGUCUCUCUCCUAAUAUUCCAGGAAGAACUAGAGCUUCCCUUCACAACAGCCCACACAUUCAAAUGGUUCCAUAUCCACAUGGUAAUAGCUAUGGCAGUAUAGGAAGCCAUGGUAGCUACAAUGAUGGUAUUGGCCUUGGAAGCAGUUAUGGGAGUUAUGGAGAUGGCAGUAAUAUGUUUGCAUAUUAUUCCCCAGUUGGUCCCUCUGGGAUGAAUAUGCAUGCACAGGCUGGCCUGUCAAUGCUUGGAAGUAGUCCAGAUGCAAGACGGAGGUUUGUUCAGUAUUCACAUCCAAAUGGAAUUGGUAUGAGUCCAUCAACAGGAAAUUUUGCUCCACUCCCCCUUGGCACUAGUCCCUCACAAUUCACUCCACCAACUUCCUACAGUCAAAUUUCUGCUGGUUCUCCAGGACAUUAUGGUCCAACUUCACCAGCAAGGAACAAUUGUCAUGGAUCACCUUUAGGAAAAGUGGCUGCAGUUACCCAGUUCAAUAGAAGAAAAAGUUGGGGGUAUUCUGGAACCUCUCAUUCUCAAGAGAGUAUGCCAUCUUCACAUUGGCAAGGGCAAUUUAGUGAUGGCACCAGUUCUACACAAGCUGAGGGAAAUCCUUCAGUACUUGGAAGUUCACCCUCCCAUCGGCAGUCAAAUUCUAGCAUUGCAAGCAGGAUGCAGCAACAUGGGAGUAGUGGAAUUACUGCUGGUCACUCUGCUAUUCAGAAUAUGCCAGGCUCCUUCAAGCCCUCGAAUAUGCAAAUGCAAUUCUCUCAAAGUGUGGGACCAUCUCAUGAUAAACCUGAGACAAGCCUGUCAUUGCCAGAUCCAGGGGAUUGGGAUCCCAAUUACAGUGAUGAACUUCUCCUACAAGAGGAUGGUUCAGAUGUCAGUUCUAUAAGCACUGAGUUCAGCAAAGGCAUGCAUCUUGGUCCCGUUAAUCCAUCAGUUGGUUUAGGAAGACCCAACCGCGCAUCAAAUCAAAACUCCAAUUCAGUGAUUCAAAGACAAAAUGGACCUAUUCAAGCGUUUGCCCGUACAGAGAUGGGCAGUCCUCCAUCUCAUGACGUUCAUGCUGGAUAUGGACGUUCAAUGUCAAAGCCUACUCAUUUCAUGCCUCAUAUCUCACAAAAUUCGCCAAGCCGUUUAGGACAGCAAUCCCUUCCGCGCUUCAAUCAUGGGAGACCUGCUGUUCGGGGAAGCGACUGGAAUCAUAUCAAAGUCCAGCCCCCUCAAUCCAGCUUUAAUUCUGGGGGCCCUCUUUCUCCAGGAAAUAGUUCACUUAAUAAUGGCAUGCCAUGGGGGCGUCGGGCAAAUUAUCCUGUCACAAGCGUGCCACCCACAUCCCGAGGGAGAAAAGACUACGGAAGGAUCGCUUAGUUUUGGAAUCAGCUUAUUUUGUUUUUGAUAUGAUGGGUUAUGUUUUGAGUGUUGGGAAGAAAGUUGUAAUCAAUAGUUCACAAGCCUAGUGGGCUGAUGCUAAGAAAAUCCUCACCAAGACACGUUCAUUCAUUGUGCUUGCAUAAAUAUAAUUCAUGGUUGUGAUUUCAAUUUAUCUUCUAAUAUUUUUACUCA